AGGGUCGGAAGCAUAAUUAUCAGUAGAGAAACAGAUUUAGAUUUACCAAAAUGAAAAAAAUAGAUAAACAGAUCCAGUAGCACAAAAAGUUCCCACCAAAGCAAUUUCUGUUCACUUGAGAAAAAAAGAUUAAUAAUAAUAAAAAAUCAAGAAGAAGAGUCGGUGAUGGUGCAAAAACAAAUAAAGUCCAAAAAAUGGCAGUAGCAUUAACCGCGUUUGUUUCUCUCUCUUCAAUCUCUAUCGUAAUUCGGAUCUCGAUCGAACUGUUUAUCUGACUCAGAUUCGUUUGGUGGUAUUCACCAUUCAGCUGCUGCUGCUGCCGCUGCAAUAACCAAGAAAAUGGCAAAUUCCUCAUCCUCCUCCUCCUCAGUACGAAACUUGUUGAAAGAAAGAACAUUCCCAUUCCUUUUGACCAUCUCUGUCUUGUUCCUCAGCGCCAUUUUCCUCAUCUUCGGCAACAAUUUCCAGUACCCUUUCUUCUCCUCCGAUCUUCAAACCCAGACCCGGACCCACUCGGUCUCCAUAUCUUCUCCUCCAUCUCCGACACUUUCUUCCAAGUCCGAGCCCAACUCAGCUCCUGGCUCUGUUACACCUCCCCAGAAAAAGGACGGCGUUCCUCCGGAUGACGUUGACUCAGCUCCUGUUACACCUCCCCAGAGAGACGACGCCGUCCCUGCGAAUCCUGUGGAUGAUGAUCAUGAUCAUGAUGAUGCAGUGGUCCGUGUUGAUAUCAAUUGGGAACUCUGUAAAGGUCCGCUGGCUGUUGAUUACAUACCCUGUCUGGACAAUUUCAAAGCAAUUAAGGCUUUGAAGUCGAGGAGGCAUAUGGAGCAUCGCGAGCGGCACUGCCCCGACCCGAGUCCGAGGUGUUUGAUUCCACUUCCAGUUGGAUAUAAGAUGCCGGUUCCGUGGCCUAAGAGCAGGGACAUGAUAUGGUAUGACAAUGUUCCUCAUCCAAAACUUGUUGAGUACAAGAAAGAGCAAAAUUGGGUUCGAAAGUCCGGAGACUAUCUUGUUUUUCCUGGGGGCGGUACCCAGUUCAAGGAUGGAGUUUCUAGCUACAUUGACUUCAUAGAACAGACUUUACCAAGCAUUAAAUGGGGGAAGCACAUAAGGGUUGUUUUAGAUGUUGGUUGUGGCGUUGCUAGCUUUGGUGGCUAUUUGCUGGACAAAAAUGUUAUUACCAUGUCAUUUGCGCCAAAGGAUGAACAUGAAGCUCAGAUACAGUUUGCAUUAGAACGAGGAAUUCCUGCUACUCUUUCAGUCAUUGGAACACAAAGGCUGACAUUUCCAGACAAUGCGUAUGAUAUGAUUCAUUGCGCAAGAUGCAGGGUUCAUUGGGAUGCCAAUGGAGGAAAACCAUUAUUGGAGCUGAAUAGAAUUCUUAGGCCUGGUGGUUUUUUCGUAUGGUCUGCUACACCAGUAUAUCGUGAUGAUGAAAGAGAUCAGAAUGUAUGGAAGGCUAUGUUGAAUAUAACAAAAUCUAUGUGCUGGAAGACUGUUGCUAAGACUGUUGAUUCUUCUGGAAUUGGGCUUGUAAUAUACCAGAAACCUGACUCAUAUUCUUGCUAUGAAAAUCGCAAAGAAAAUAGUCCGCCUAUCUGUGAUGAUAAAGAGGCUGAAAACAGUUCAUGGUAUGUGCCUCUUGGUAGUUGUAUUUCCCAACUUCCAACAGAUAGCGAGGGUAACUUGUUGAGGUGGCCCAUGCCAUGGCCCCAGAGGCUUAACAGUCAACCUCCAAGCUUAUCAGGUGGAGAGACUGUCCAAACAUUUUACAAGGAUACCAAAUAUUGGUCUGCACUUGUGCCAGAUGUUUAUCUGGACGGUCUUUCAGUAAACUGGUCAAGUGUGAGGAAUAUCAUGGAUAUGAAUGCUGGCUUUGGAGGAUUUGCCGCGGCACUUGUGGAUCUGCCAGUCUGGGUGAUGAAUGUGGUUCCUGUUGAUAUGCCAAAUACUCUAUCCUUCAUAUUUGACAGAGGCUUGAUUGGAGUCUACCAUGACUGGUGCGAGUCUUUAAAUACCUACCCUCGGACAUACGAUCUUAUACAUUCUAGCUUUCUCUUCGAAAAACGUUCACAAAGAUGUGAAAUUGAGGUUAUAGUCGCAGAGAUGGACCGCAUAUUGAGGCCAGGUGGAUAUGUAGUGAUUCAAGAGACCAAGGAAAUGAUUAAAAACCUUAGGCCAAUCUUGCAAUCACUUCAUUGGUCUUUAACCCUCCAUCAAGAUCGGUUUCUUAUUGGCAAGAAGGGGUUCUGGCGUCCAACGGUUUGAUUGGAGUUCGUUAUCUGAACGUUUCCACUUUUGAAUCUUACUUAGUUUUUAUACCUUUCAUUGAGUGCAUGAAAAGCAUGACGCAGUUAAAACCUAUUCAUUUGACUCUUACAUUGAUGUAUGCUUAUAGGUAAAAAAUUUACUUUAAAUAGAAGCAACAAAGAAAUGAUAUUGGUCUAUUUUGUUUCUCCUUUAA